AUGUCAGAAGUUAGACAAGUGGUGGGUUGUGUUGGUUGUCAUGCUGGGAGAUCUUUAAAAGUUGCAUGUAUAUUUUUUGAAAGGAUUGAGACUCUCACUCUGUGUACAUGCACGUCUCCAGCCCUGCAGCUGCUUCAGCGGGGUUUGUUUCCUUGUGCUCCACUUUUACCCUCUCUUGCGGUUGACCUGAAUAUGCUUGAGUUUGUCAAUGGCCUUUUUGUCAAUGCUGCACCAAAUACGACAGCUUGGUGUGAGACCUUGGAGUCAUUUCUUGGUAAUAGGAGGUACAAGCUAUCUACUCGAAAUAGCUUGCACCGGUGCUUUGGGGCUGCUAUGCAGUGGUAUGCUACACUGAUUGAUAAGAAAAACCACCAGUUGGCCAACUACUUGGAUCAAUUUAGGCUGCCAGCCACUCAUUGUUCAGGUAUGAUGAUGCUUUUUCUUUUUGGGGGGGGGGAUUUGUUCACCUUAAAUCUAUUUGUAUAG